AAUUUCUAUCUGCUUUUCUGCAAUCCCUCUCAGAAGUAUUCAAACCCCUUGGACUCCAACAGCUGCAAACUUUGAUGUAUUUAUUGGGACUUUACAAAGAUUUAAUGCUGAAGUGGGAGGAAGAUUAUGACUCAUUUUUUUGAUGGUUUUUAUAACUCAGCUGCCAAUUUGAUGAACUUUCUGCCCAUGAAGAGCAAAACUGAAUUAACAUUCCCACAGUAAAGCACGGUGGUGGCUGCAUCAUGCAGUGGGGAUGCUUUUCUUCAACAGGGACCAGGAAGCUGAAGGACAAUGACAUCAAACACACAGCCAGAGAUCUACCAGAAUUGUUCAGAUCAAAACAGGUGCCAGAACGGUCCAGUCAAAGAGGAGAAACUAUGGAAAAAAAAGCCUUGCUUACCUCCGGACAGCAGAGUACCGUCUUUCUGUCCAACAAAGAGGAGGUUUACAGGAUUCCUGCCCUGCACUAUGACCAAGAGCAAAAGAUCCUGCUGGCCUUCGCAGAGAAGCGGAGAACCUCAAACGAUGCCAGUGCAGAGGUUCUGGUCAUGAAAACAGGAACGCUGGUCAAAGACGAAGCAACUCUUGAAAUGAGUGUUGAGUGGUCAGUCUCCAGAAACGUGGUGGAGAAGGUCCAUCUUAGUGGAUACCGUCCCAUGAAUCCGUGCCCGGUCUACGAAAAGACGACCAAGACACUCUUUCUGUUUUUCAUCUGCGUCGAAGGCAACGUUUCGGAACCAUGGCAGAGGUUCUGGGGCGUCAACAAGGCCCAUCUCUGCUACAUGACGACCAGAGACGCCGGUGAGACCUGGAGCUCGGUCACUGAUUUGACAGUAAAUUUUCCUCAGACCAAACAGUGGGCAACGUUUGCCGUUGGUCCGGGUCACGGCCUCCAAACAGAAAGCGGCAGACUGAUCGUUCCAGCCUACGCUUAUGUCUCCCGCUUCCCCUCGUGCUUCUGCGUGUCGUGUUUUUUCGCCGUCUCGCGCGCGUUCUGCUUUUACAGCGACGACAACGGCGCCACGUGGCAGCUGGGCGACACGCUCGACGACAAAUCGGUCGAAUGCGAAAUGGCCGAGGUUUCAGACGGCAAUGGCACCAGGUACGUUUACUGCAAUGCCCGCAAUGAGGGAGGCUACCGAGUGGAGGCGCUCAGCGAGAACGGGGGAGAGGAUUUCCUCACCCUCCCUCCUGCUGAGAAGCUCGUGGAAACAGGCGGAGGAUGUCAGGGGAGUGUGGUCUCCUUUCCCGCUCAACCUGGAGCGGCUGGUGUGAAUCUGGAGCCGGGGUGGCUGCUGUACUCCCAUCCAACCAGUCAGUCCAAAAGAGUGGACCUGGGGGUCUAUCUGAACAAAUCCCCGCAGGAUCCAAGUGCGUGGAGCCACCCUUGGAUCCUCAACGAGGGGCCCAGCGGUUACUCUGACCUGGCUUACAUUGGAGGCGGCUGGUUUGCAUGUCUGAUGGAGCGUGGAGAAGCGUCUGAAAUUGAACAGAUAGCCUGCAAAGUCUUCAGCUACAUUCAGGUGAAAAAAGGUAUUGAAAACUAAAACAUUGAUGUUUGCAAACAUAGUUUGCAAACAUCAAUUUUUACUCAUUAAAAGGAUUAACAUAAACACAUCAUUAAAUCAUAUGCUGAUGACAUGAAGACAUACUCUCUGAUUGCACAAGCUAAGAUUUUACAGAUGCUUUGGCAAAGAAUUGAUGAAGGUGAAAAUCUUUUUUUGUUUUUGUUAGAUAUUCACCUGACAUUUUCUAUACUUCCAACUGCUUGUCAACUACAGAUAAAUAAACGUGUUAACUACUAGUGAAAUAACUUGCAGUAAAACAACACAAGUAUUUUACUCAUUAUGUUCUAACCCUAAAAUCAUACCUGAUCUUUGGUAGACGCUCAGCGGAAGGAGUUUCCUCCAUGGGCUUUUUGUUAACACACUGGAAUUUUAGUGAUCUCUUCAAAUUGAGAAGCUCUUUGUCUUGAUUCUUUGUCUAUUGGAAAGAACCCACCGAUCCCAGGAAUAACUGGGUCACGUUUAUCACGCAAAUUCUGAAGUCAAAAAUUAACAUGCUGCAAUCCUGACAGACUAAAACGGAAAAAGAAGAAAAAAAAAUGGCUGGAUUUCAUCCUCUCACUACAAAAACACAACUCACACACAAUGAGAUCUUUGACUACAACUCAACUAUUACUGAUCACUAUUCAGAAUCUCGCUUUGGAAAAUAUGAUUUAAAUGGUGUUUUUCACAUGUUGUGUUAUAGAUCAGUGAACAGAGGGAGAACAGGGCUAUAGCUGUGAUCAUGUUUAAAUUAGUCAGGUUUCCUGUUUUUUUUUUUUUGAUAUAUCUUUGGUCAUCUAUUGAACUUUUACCUUUGAUCAAACUUUGAUGUUAAAAUAAAUAUCCAAAUAUGAUGCAUUCAAGCAUAUGUGAUAUUUAACUGAUGAAUAAAGUGUUGUUUUUCU